CGCUGGGGCAGAAGACAGCUCCCUCCUUCUCACCAAAGGGCUUUUCCACGAGGGGUAUUACAUUUUGACUCUGGGCGGUGAGCUACUCUGCUUCAAGAACAAUUUCUCAUGGAGUCAGAAGCCUUAGAAAUUUGCCCUUACAACCCUCGCCACCGAAUCCCACUCAGCAGAUUUCAGUACCACCUGGCAUCAUGCAGGAGAAAGAACCCCAAGAAAGCCAAACAGACUGCCAGCUGCAAAUACAACGCCUGCCACGUGGUCCCCAUCAGGAAGCUGGAGGAGCACGAGGCUGCCUGUGUCGACAGGAGCACGGCGGAGGAGGAGGGCAGCGUGAGCCCUCUGAAAGUUAGCCUCCCAAGUCCAGAGCAGAACAGAAACACCCCUCUGGUGUCCCCCUGGCUCCCCAGCGCUGAGGUCUGGAACGUCGAUGGUCCUAACUGCCACCCCAUGUUUAUCCUUACGACUUUUGCUCCCCAAUAGCUUGCUUGUGAGAGCGACGGAAGAGAGACAGAGAGAGAGGACC